AUGGCUUCACUUGGUUUACAUUUAUUAACUUUUAUACUUGGAACGUUAUUUAUUUUUUCGGGUCAUGUAAAAGUAACACCACAAUUUUUUCCUGAACAACAUACACAUAUGAAAAAUGAAUUUGAAAAAUUUAAUCAAGAAUUUCCAUUUUAUCGUCAAACUGGUUGGCGUCCACAUGCACAAAAUUAUCGUCUAACAAUUGGUAUAACUGAAAUAGCUUGUGGACUUUUAUUACUUCUCGGUGUUUCACAAACAUUGGCAAAUCUUAUUUUAUUGAUAGUAAUGACAAAUGCGAUAAUUACAUUUCAAAAAUUAAAUUAUUCCAUCGAGUAUACGGGUACAUUUAUGUUUAUUUCAUUUUUACUUUUAUUACGACUUGGCUUAGCAUCAAGAUCAAAAGUUGAACAAUCAGUUGAAUCAACUAAGGCAAAAAUUAAAAACAAAGCUAAAUAA